CCCCAUUGUCCCCAGAAAGCACAGUUCCUCUCCCUCUCCGCCUCUAAUGCUUCCCUCGACAACAGAGUAUUCCACCGCCGCUUCUGAUUUCCUUACUGUCGACCGCUCCUCUCCUCUCACAAACCAAAACCCAUCGCCCAUAUCGUAAUCAACGUGUGCUUCAACCUGACGCGGCGGUUCUAAUUUCGGGUUUGUCACUAUCAAGGUUUUCUCCGCUCCAAAGGACCUCAUAAACGACUAUGUGGCUCGAAUAGAUAUCUUAAUGCAAUCAGCGAAUUCGACGGGCUGUUCACCGAGAAUUCUGGAGAUGAUUCAUCGAAUCAACGUUCAAGGGUCGAAAGUAACGCCAUUCAACGACUCUAGCGGACUUGGGUCCCUGACGAGGAAUUCAUCGUCUUGAAAUCGAUGCUGAAGAAGGUUAUCUAGAUGCACCCGCCGAAUAACCAAAGAAUCUUUGCAUCCUCGAAUCAACUAUUCUAGCUUCAAUGAUUCACUUCCGCCUUACGAUCUGGAACCCACUUCUGCGUAUCCGCCUUAAAACAAUGGUUGACUGGAGGUGAGCUUCCACUAUUCCACAGCCAUCUCAAGUCUUCGGUCUCCUCGCGUCUCACUUUCCUUCUCUAAUUUUUGCUAUAGAAGCUCAUAAUGAUCAUCCAGAGGCUGCUGGUAGGUGUUUUAAGGGAAGUGGGUGACACCAGUGUAAGGGAGGAGGAAGGGGAGGUGGACCAGGAAGGACAAGGGUUUUGUGUAAGGGUGGGGUUGAUAUAGAAUUAGGGUUUUUGGUUAGGCUGUCUGGUUCAAUUGAGUUUGGUUGUUAAAUUUUUUAUUUAUAUUGUAGGUGAUAUGGCGUGCUGACUGGACGAAACUAACGGUUUUUUAGAUGGAGAUGGACGGAAUGAUCAUUUCGUUAUUCUCUCAAACGUAUGUUACUGAAACAUGCAAAAUUAAAGGUUUGUGACCGUUUUGUACAAAGUGAAUAGGUUUGUAACCUUUUAUGCUAAUUACCCGGCAUUUAACUCAUUGUCUUCAAGAAUCGAUAAUACGUGAUACAUAGGACAUAGCAUUGCACGGCGACUGACCUAUUCCAUAUUAUACUUCCGUUCCGUAGAGUCUGGUAUAAUAUUUUGUUCGCCAUUAACUUAUUCAGACAGCCAUGGCAAUAUCCAACUCCACAAUACAAGAGAUAGAUUUGAGUUUUCAGGGGAAGGGUUUGGAAGAAACAAGCGAUUUCUUCCAGCGGAAAUGCAGUUCUUGUUCAGAGGAACAGUUAGCCUUCAACGGAGAACCAAAGGCCGGAAUCGACUUUGAACAGAAUGUUGAUGAUGCAAUGCAGUUAGAUUCUGGCCAGCCUGCAGCUUCCCCUCGCAGAUCUGAUCCCCUUGAUUCCGAACUUAAUUACAAACCGAAAGACGUAUUGUACAAUGAAGUUGAUCGCUGCAAAGGUGAAUCUAUAACAAAAUCUCCAUGCAGCAAUGGUGAAGAAACACAAACUUCUGCUGAUCAUGCACAGGAGUCCCUUCUUACAGUAGAUGACAGCAAUGCCGGCAACGUUAACGAUGAUACGAAGCUGGAUACAACGGGAGUCGCACCUUCCAGGGAACAAGUUGGAUACAGUACUGAUCAAGGUUCUCCUAACGUCAACAACUCACUGUCCACCAAUGAAGCCGUCCAAGGAAAUUCAAUGGCACGUAAGGAUAGACGACCUCAGUCGCCUGGAACGUCGUGUAAUGAAGAUAAGGAAGCUGGUAGUGAUCAGCAUCAUUUGUGUAGCUCCACUGCAAGAAUAACACCGGCUUCCCCAAAGAGGUUAAAUCAUAAGCAUAGUUCUUCUGCAUCACCGCAAGUACACAACUCACCAAACAAGCAUAGCAGGCAUGGGCGUUCGAGGUCAAGAUCACCUAUUAAGCAAAGGGACUCCAGUUCUGGGCACAGGAGAGAUCGGCGAAGCAGGUCUCGAUCAAGAUCUCCUAGUUACAGAACAAGGCAUUCGCCGAGGAGACGAUCUCCUACUUCUGGACGUUAUCACUCUAGCCGCUACUCUCCUCUUCGGAGAUCUUGGGUACCUCCUCCCAACAGGAGAACCGGAUUUGGAAAGCCUGGAAAUAACUUGUUCAUUGCUGGGUUUAGCUUUUUGACAACAGAAAGAGAUUUGGAAAGGAAGUUCUCUAGGUUCGGACGCGUGCGUGAUGUUCGUAUCGUGCGUGACAGAAGGUCUGGAGAUUCUCGAGGAUUCGGGUUCUUAUCUUUGGAAAGGGAUGAAGAAGCAGAUGCUGCAAUUAAGGCUCUUGAUGAAACAGAAUGGAACGGUCGGAUUAUUCUCGUGGAGAAAUCAAAGUCCCAUUGAAGCUCUGAUACUGAUGUUGUUCCCUUUAUCUGGUGAUAUACUUCUGGCAUUUCUUCUUUUAUUUCAGACAUAUGUUGAUUUUAUGAUAGGCCUGUCGAUCUCUUCCCAUUGUAACUUGAAAAAAAGCAGCUAACAUAAGGAGAUGGCAUCAUGGUUUUGCUUCUGGUUGUGAAGGUUUCAACGGAAUUUGAAACACAUUAGGUCAUUCUCAUUGGUUAAUCAAUGGUCAAAACUAGC